UAAACAAUGUUCAGGUCUUUCUGUAUCUUUGUUUUCCAGAAAUUUUAUGAAUAAGCAUCAGAAGCCGGUGCUCACAGGCCAGAGGUUCAAAACUCGGAAAAGGGAUGAAAAAGAGAAGUUUGAGCCGACGGUCUUCAGGGAUACACUGGUCCAGGGCCUCAACGACGCUGGGGAUGACCUCGAUGCAGUAGCCAAGUUCCUGGACUCCACGGGCUCCAGGCUGGACUAUCGCCGCUAUGCAGACACGCUCUUUGACAUCCUGGUGGCCGGCAGCAUGCUAGCCCCCGGCGGGACCCGCAUAGACGAUGGCGACAAGACCAAGAUGACCACCCACUGUGUGUUUUUUGCCAUCGAAGAUCACGAUGCCAUCCGAAACUAUGCUCAGGUCUUCAAUAAGCUCAUUAGAAGAUAUAAAUAUCUGGAAAAGGCAUUUGAAGAUGAAAUUAAAAAGCUCCUCCUUUUCCUUAAAGCCUUCUCAGAAACAGAGCAGACCAAGUUGGCCAUGCUCACGGGGAUCCUGCUGGCCAAUGGGACGCUGCCAGCCACCAUCCUCACCAGUCUCUUCACUGACAGUAUAGUCAAGGAAGGCAUCGCAGCCUCCUUUGCCGUAAAGCUCUUUAAAGCAUGGAUGGCCGAAAAAGACGCAAAUUCUGUUACCUCCUCUUUGAGAAAAGCCAACUUGGACAAGAGAUUACUUGAACUCUUUCCAGUUAACCGCCAGAAUGUGGAUCACUUUGCAAAAUACUUCACGGAGGCAGGCCUGAAAGAGCUCUCUGAUUUUCUCCGGGUCCAGCAAUCUCUGGGAACCCGUAAGGAGCUCCAAAAAGAACUGCAGGAGCGUCUGUCUCAGGAGUGCCCCAUCAAAGAGAUUGUGCUCUAUGUCAAAGAGGAGAUGAAGAGGAAUGGCCUGGUGGAAACGGCAGUCAUUGGACUCCUGUGGACAUGUGUCAUGAAUGCAGUCGAGUGGAAUAAGAAAGAGGAGUUAGUGGCUGAGCAGGCCCUGAAGCACCUCAAGCAAUAUGCUCCUCUUCUGGCUGCGUUCAGUUCCCAAGGCCAGUCCGAGCUAAUCCUGCUGCAGAAGGUCCAGGAGUACUGCUAUGACAACAUUCACUUCAUGAAGGCCUUUCCCAAGAUCGUGGUCCUCUUUUACAAAGCUGAUGUCCUGAGUGAAGAAGCAAUCCUGAAAUGGUACAAGGAAGCCCACGUGGCCAAAGGCAAGAGUGUCUUUCUGGACCAGAUGAAGAAGUUUGUUGAGUGGUUACAGAAUGCAGAGGAAGAGUCUGAGUCGGACGGAGAGGAGAAUUAGUGGCUCGUCCGGGCCACGGCAAGGGUCUCGGGGAAUGCCGUCUCGUCCGGGAGGCAGGCUCGGCUCCCGGGUGUGCGCCCUGCUCCAGGAUGCUCUUGUGAAGAGGGGAGCCCUCGGGCGUCCGAACUCCCGGGACUCCUGCCUGCCUCCCCCUAAUCUAACUUAGACAAAGCCAUUGAGCGGGGCCUCCAGGAGGGAGAGCUCCCGUGGGAGACCACCCAAGGGUGCCGACCCACCACCCCAUGGCUCCCUCCUUAGCUGCCCUUUCAGGUGCCGCCUGGGAUCCGCUCCUAGCCAGGGGCUCUCACAGGGUUGUGUUGCUAGUUCCGUAUUUGCUCAUGUAUGUGAUCGGACAAAACCACUUUUUUAAAUGAAAAAUAAUAAAUAAAUAAAUGGCUUUUUUAAAAA